AUGCCUCCCGCCGAGAGGGACUCCUUUAGUAGCAAUGGGGAUCGUCCUUGGUCAAGUCACUCCUCGAGACAUUCCCAUUCUCAGUCAUUCUCCUUUGACCACACCCGCGCUUUAGUACCCAUGUGGGACAGCUCAGACCCGGAGCGGGCUCCUCCUCCGUUGCCCUUGAACCCGCAGUCGCCUGUCACGGCUACUUCCCGCGCAGGCACCUCGUCUGCCAUCCAGUCUGCACAUGCCGCCCUCACAGAAAAGGCACGCGAGAACCAGCUCGUGCCUCACCCACUCACAAAACGGACCCCCGACGUCUCUCCCGAGAGGGCAACCGGCAGGGGCGCUGCGCACCGGCGCAUGCAAUCGCUGCAGCCGUCAGCGGUCCGAGACCUGAGCCUGAUGAUCGAAGGGGGCGGCUCUCCGUCACGAUCACCGGAGAAGAAGGAGGGACCAACGACCCCGUCCCGGUCCGGCACCGAUCCUUUCGAUGAACAAAAAUCAGACGAGAAAGACCAGAAGCAGAUCAGCCUCACCCCCAUCGGUCAGAGCCUAACACCCGUGCUGAGACCAACUCCAAGGCGGCCUCAGAGCAUCCUCGGCGAGAACACACCACCACAGUCCGCGACUAUGCUGGCGCUCCAGACCAUGUCCACGCCGAAGGAUUCCCCGCGGGAGAGGGAUGCCGAGAAGCCCCUGGCCAACGUCACUAAUGGCUCGACCGCGCCGGCCAGGGCGCCACAACAGCUGGACACCCUCUCAAAUCAGAUCCUGGCCCUGACGAACAUAGCAACAUCGCUGCAGAAGGAGAUGUCGCAGCUGAGCAGACGAAGCCGGGAUAAUGCUACAGACUUACUGAGCUUGAAGGAAGCUACGCACACCCGCGACGAGGACAUCAGGAAGCACCUGCGUGACCUGCUUCACAACAUGGAGGAAGUCUCCUCACGGGCGUCAUCACGGGACAUGCAUGGAGGGCCACUUUUGCUCGAUAAUAAGCCAUACUCGCUAUCUCCGUCUUCGAAAAUCAGUAACAACUCUCGCCCGUUCGCAUUACCUCGCAUUCCUUCACCAAAUAGCUUUUCAGCCUCUCUAGACCGGGAAAACCUUAGUACACCCUCACUACAUGGCGGAGAUGGGUCCGCCUCGGUGAAUCUUCUUGAAAAGAUCAUUCGUGACAUGGGAACCAAGGAGGGUCAGGAAAAACUUCUGACUCGGCUAUCUGAGUUGGCCGACAAACUCAACGGCUCUGUGGUCGAGAAGAAAGUUGAGGAUCUCCAGCGUCUCAUCAAGAACAACAUGGACCAGUCUGUUGUACUUGCCCAGCCCGGUGGCAGUGGAGCUGUCAGGGGCAAGGCAGGCCUGCCCAGGAAUAUGAGCUUCGAUGAAGCAUCCGAUCUGUAUGGCGGCAGGUCCUUGGAGUCCCGCGUGGACCAACUAGUCCAGGACAAGGAAGCUCGUCGGGCCUCGGCACCCAUGGCAAGAGCCGCCGCUGAUCUGAUCAGCGAUGACAUUGUCAAGAUAAUCCGCACCGUCAAGGACAGCGUCGCACAAGGCGGAGGCCUUACCGCCGAGGUUAAGGCUCUUGUUCGGGAGCUUCGCGGCGAAGUUCUAGGCAUGGGGAGAGAGAUCGGCCGAAGGCUCGACGACGUCGGUGAGGCUAGCCAGACUAAGUCCGCCGCAGCAACCAAGUCCGAGAUCAACAAGGUCGUCGGAGAGGGUCUGCUCGAGAUGAAGCAGCACAUCGACCAUCUCACCAAAGAGCACCAGCGGCAAUCGCAAGCUGUCGUGGCCGCCAACAAGCCUCCUGCCGUGGACUACCGGGAGAUCUACAAUGCAUUGAGGACGGCACUCAAGGACGCGAAAGCACUGCAAAAAGAUGCUCCUGAACUGCACAGAGAUGACGUCGUUGAAGCCGUCAGAGACGCUUGGGAAAGGUACAAGCCAGAGAUCACCGUGGAGCAGGUUGGUCUGGAGAGGGAUGAGGUCCUCGCAUGUCUAAAGGAAGGCUUCAUGCAAUACGCACCAAAAGAGAACAAAUCAGAAGCAGCGACACGGGAGGAGGUCUUCAAAGCAGUCGUUGAGGGCUUGCAACACUUCUCGCCUCCGCCAAUCGAUGUUCCACCCGCAUUGUCCCGCGAUGAGAUCGUCGAGGCCGUUCGGGACUGCCUCGAGGAGUUUGAAUUCCCCGUGGCCGCAUCUGCUCUGGGAGCGGACUUGUCCAAGCAGGAUAUGAUCGAUGCCGUUAAGCAAGGCCUCGAGAGCUUAGAGCUGCCCGCAAAGGACAAAGGCCCGCUGGUCCCCUUGCAAGGUAACAAUGAGGAGAUCAUCGGACGUCUGCAUGAGAUCAUGGAGGCCAUGCACGAAGAGUUCAAAGCCGUCUCGCUGGAAGCCAAACAGAACGUGGCUGCCAAUGGCCGCGAUACUGAGCAGGUUCUCGAUGCUACCAAAGAUGGGUUUGAGAAACUGCGAGCCGACAUCGAGGGCUACGUUGACAGAGCCAACGGCGUCGCUAGCCAGGAGGAGUUUAUGGAGGGGCUCUUGAGGAGCCUGGAUGACUUCCGUGACGAGAUCAGUGACGUUGUCUCCAAACAGACCGACGGGUCCAGGGCCCUACUCAAAGAAGAGAUGGAGGCUCUGCGAGAGAGUGUGAACGGCACCUUGGUGCCCGUAACACCGCAAGCCCAGCAGGGUGGUCACGACGAAGUCAUCAACGCCCUGCAAGAAGGACUCGGUAAUCUCAGGCAAGAAAUCAGCCAGCGACCGAUCGCCGGAACGAACGAGGUUCUCGACGCUCUACAGGAGGGUCUGAACGACCUGAAGGUCAGCAUUGAGAAGAUGGCCGACAAACCCGCCGACAUGACCGCCAACGACGAAGUCCUCGAUGCUCUCAAGUCCGGCCUCGACAGUGUCAAGUCUGACAUCGAAGGCUUACGUGAGAACAGCAAGGCACUGGCUCCAAUCAACGCUGAUGCUAUCGUUCCAGCGGACAUGCUGAAGCAUGACGAUAUCAAGAAUCUCGAAGUGCUUAUCUCACAACUCCGUAUCAAGGUUGAGGCCAUGGAAAGCCCACUCCCUCAACCUUCUCCUGCACCCGCUGACCCUGGCCCAUCCCUCACGAAAGAAGACCUCGACCUCAUGGUGGAGAUGCUGGACAGCAUCAAGAUUCAAGUUGAUGAGUUGGCCAGCAAGGAGACACCGGCUCCUAGAGAAGGACCCGCUUCCACCGAUUCUGCAACCAGGGAGGACAUCGAGGCCAUUGAAACUAUUCUUCGCAACACAAAGGCACGUCUUGACGAUCUCAUGGAUGGGGAGCAGGCAGUCCGCAAGGACCACGUUGACGCACUCGAGGUCUUGAUUCUCGAGACAAAGGAGGGGCUUGGCGGCCUCACCACGAAGCUCGAGGACAUCUCACACCGAGAGGAUACCAAGGCCGUCGAGUCACUCGUCACGCAGCUCGUUGGUGCCUUCGACGAGCUGAAAGAGCGUCACGAGAAGCAGCUCGAGGACCCCGAGAAAGUGACGAAGACAGACACGGAUGCCAUCGAAGCGGUGUGUCUCGACGUGAAGGCGGUUGUCGAGCAAAUGGUCAAGUCUGACAUUGCUGCUCUUCCUUCGAAGGACGACCUGAAGAGCCUUGAAACGCUAGCCACGGAGCUCAAAGAACUCUCAGAUAAGCAGAAUGCGGAAAUCAAGGAGGCCACUGAGAAGCACGCGGCAGAGCUGAAGGAGGCAACUGAGAAGCACGCCACCGAACUCAAGGAGCUGGCAGACAAGCACGCCGAGACCAACGCGAAACAAUUUGAGGAGCGCCAGGCGGAGACUGUUGGUGUCGGAGACCGCGUGACAGAAGUCAAGACCUUCCUCGAGGAAAUGCAGACCAUGGUGAAGGAGAAGCUCGAGGGAGGUGCCACAGGCGUUGAGGGCCUCAGCAAGUCCCUCGAGACCCUCGGCGAGACCAUAGGUGCGAACGCCAAUGUCCACUCAGACCUGAAGGAAAUGUUUGAGACCAUGAAGACCGAGUUCGAAGACUCCAAGGCAGGCGUUGUCGGCGCAAAACUCGAGACGGACGAAAAGCUCGACUCAACAACCGACACGCUCCGGGCCAAGAUCGAUGAGCGCAUCGACGAGGUCAUCACCAAGUAUGACGAAUUCCAAGCUUCCCUAGAGGAGCGCAACAAGAGCUCAGAAACCCGUGACGAGCACCUCGAGGAGUCUGUCGUCGGCACCAAGGCAGUCGCUGAGGAGCUCAAGUCCCUCAUCGACACACUGGGCUCCACCGUUACGGACUCCUUGGAAAAGAUGGAAGAGGCGUCCAAGACUGUUUUCACUCGUGUUGAAGAUAUGUACCUCAAGUCUGAUGACAAUCACACCGACAACAAGGCGGAGCACACUCAGACACGCGACCAGGUCAAGGAAGCCAUGGGUGCGGUUGAAGGGCUCAAGGGCCAGGUCAGCGAGUAUCAGCCCAAGAUCCUCGAGGCAGUCCAGGAUGUCCUCACCAUGGUCGAUCAGCACUUUGAGCACUCCAAAACGUCCGUCAAUGAGAUGCAGGAGAAGAUCAGCCAGAAGAUCGAAGAAGCCAAGCCCGAACCACUCAUGCUGCCCCCUCCCCCUGAGAAAUACGACGACUCUGGGGUCCACGAGAAGCUCGACAAGCUCGUCGACCACACCGCAACGACUGACAAGACCCUCGAGCAGCUUGACACGCUCGAGAAGGUCCACAGCGAGGUCGUCAAGACGGCUGCGGAGCUCUCGGCGUUCCUGGCAUCCCAGACCCAGCGCAUUGAGGAUGACCACGAGGAUAUGGAGAAGACGCUCCAGGAGACAGUCAAGAACCUCCACGAGACAAAUGUUGCGCUGGAGCGGAGGCUCGCCCAGAAAGACCAGGCGGAAGUGACCAUCGUGGACCUCCAGAUGGAGGAGGACCGCCUACGCGAGAGCAUAGCCGGGUUGAAGGUCGAGCAGGAGAGUCUUGUUAGACAGAAGGUCCGGCUCAACGGUGACGUCUCCUCCCUGGAGACCGCACUUAAGCUGCGCCGGGAGGAACUCCAUGAAAUGGAAUCGCGGGCCGAGGGGCUGGAGCGGCGCAUCCUAGAGGGCGUGAUGGACCAGAGCAGAAUCCUGCUCAUGGCCAAGUCGAGCAAGAAGGCCCGCGAGACCCGCGACAUCAUGAGCCGCAAGCGAGUGCCCUCCAAGCAAAAGCCCGCCGAGGACAGCAUCCCCGAGGAAAAGCCGGUGGCACCUUCCAAGUCUGGCGGCCACCACCAGACGGCAUUCAAGACGGCGGUGAAUUCCAAGCGCGGCAGCCUCCAACCGCCACAGCAGACCCGCCGCAUCUUGUCGCUCAGUCAGCUUAACAAGCAGCCAGGCCUGAAUGCGGCGGCGAUCACGGGUGGUGCUGGAUUCAAGAGGAGUCAGAGCGUCAAGACACUCACUGGCGCGGGGGCUCUGCGUAAGUCGAGCUGGAACGGACGGACGAACGCCGGCAGGAAGGGCUAUGGUGACCUCCACGCAGGUGAUGAGGGCGACAAGGAGAAUGUCAACAUGGACGUCGUGGCUCUGAGAGAGAGCGACGAGGAAGGGUUUGAUGAGACUCCUGCCAGCGAGCAUCCCGGCGGGGAGGUUGUCCUUGUGGGCGGCGGUGGCGGCGGCGGCGGCGCUAUCGGGGCGUCGGAGCUCAGCGGUAGCACCCUGAGCGACAACUGGAGCGAUCCAGGUACCGAAAGCCUCGUCGACGGUGGUAGCGCUCUGAGUGAGGACUUUAGUGAGGCCGGCACCGGGAGCCUUGUCUCUGGUGGUAGCGAGGCCGACGGACGGGAAGGCGACCAAAGUGACGCGGAGACGCUUCGGCGGUCGAGUGUACGCAGUGGCUCGGUGACGGGGUCGGAGUACACAGACGCACGCACCGAGGAGCAGGACCCUUACGAUACGUACUCUGACUCGGGUAGCGACUGGACAGAGAGUGCGGUGGGUAGCUCGCUCGUCACUGGCAGUGCUGUGAGCGGCUCUGAGAGCGAGAAUGGUCUCGGCGCGACGAGUACGAUAGAUGAUGGAGCAUCCUCUGUUGGGGGUCAGGCCGCUCUAUUGGAGGGCUAG